AUGGCCUGGAUUGGGGGCACUGGGAUGGACUGGGAGGGGCUGGACUGGGGCACAGGUAGGGCUGGAUUGGGGGCGCUCAGCGGCGCCGUGGGGCGCAGGUGUUUGGGGGGGGGCGGCAACACACCAGCGACACCCAUUUUUGGGGCCAAUUCCAGGUGGGAUGCCCGGGUGUGCCGUGCCGGAUGCCAGCGGCGGUUUGGUGCUGGGCGCUGCUGGUGCUGGCGGGGGGUGGCAGCGCCGCCGCCGUGCCGCAUCGACGCCGCCAACCGGACGGGGCUGUGCCGGGGGCAGGACCUGGCGCUGGUGCCCCCCGGCCUCCCCGCGGCCCUGCGCCACCUCGACCUCUCCUACAACCGCCUGCGGGAGGUGGCGGCGGGCGCCUUCGCCGGCCUGACCCAGCUGCGGCACUUGGACUUGGCCUACAACAGCAUCUCGCGCAUCGCGCCCGACGCCUUCCUCUCCAACCUCCUCCUGGAGCACCUCCGGCUCUUCAACAACUCCCUCGGCUCCAUCCCGGCGCCGGCGUUGCGCCCGUUGGCCAACCUCCGUUGGCUGGACAUGUCCAACAACCCCUACCGCAGCGCCGCGCUGGACGGCGCCUUCAGGGGGCUGCGGGCGCUGCGGGAGCUGUCGCUGGGGGGGCCGCUGCUGCAGGACAUCUCCCGGGGGGACUUCGCCGUCUUGAAGGACACGGCGCUGCGCAAGUUUGCCAUCAAGUCGGCCUCCGGCCUGCGGCGCUACGAGGCCGGGGCCUUCUCGUGGCUCAACACCACGGAGCUGUGGUGCGACGUGGCCCUGGACGGCAGCGCAGCGGCUCUGCCGGUGAUGCUGCGGGACCUGCGGGGCAAACCCCUCGACUACCUGCGCUUCCGUAACCUCUUCGAGUUCACCUACUACACCGGCGACGCCGACCCCUUCGCCGGCUUGGCCGAGCUGCAGAUCACCAAGUUGGUCUUCUACCGGGGCAAGUUCAGCGAGAACCUCCUCCGCUUGGCCCUGCUCAACGUCCAACGCUCCCGCAUCUGUGAAUUGGCGCUGGUGGCCAUCGACUUCGCCCGCUCGCCGUGGCAGAAUGGCUCCAGUGCGGGGGCGACCGCCCCACGGCUCAACCGCCUUGUGCUGCAGGACAUCAGCAACCCCGAUAUCCUGCGUUUCGACUGGACCUUCACCUGGCUGAGCGGUGUGGCCGCCCUCUCCAUCAUCAACGUCAACUUCAACUACGUCCCCUGCGACGUGUGGGGGGAGUUGCGUAAUGUGAAGACCUUGGACAUCUCCGGCAACCGCCUGAGAGACAGUUACAUCUACAACCAGCUCUGCCACUACCAGGGAGUCAUGCCCAAGCUGGAAAACUUCAUUUUGGCUUCCAACCAGCUCCUCAGCCUGGCUGUGCUGGCCACCUUGACCCGGACCUGGCCCCGGCUCAACCGCCUUGACGCCAGCCACAACAGCUUGGGCAGCCUGCAGGAGACGUGCCAAUGGAGUCCCACCUUGCGCUGGCUGGCCCUCCACCACAACCAGGUGACGGUGGACACCUUCAGGUGCCUGCCCACCACCCUCGAGUACCUGGACCUCUCCUACUCGCAACUUGACCGCUUGGACAUGGACUACUUCAGCCAAAGCCCCCGGCUGCGGGAGCUGCGGUUGAGUGGCAACAAGAUCAAGUUCAUCCCCUCCGAGUGGAGGUGCCUGCGGCUGGAGGUGCUGGCAAUUGACGGCAACUCCUUCGGCAUCAUCAACCGCGGCUCCUUCGUCAACAUGCCACGGCUCGUUAGCCUGGCGGCCGGCAACAACCCCUACCACUGCACCUGUGACCUCUACCUCUUCCUGGAGGAGACGCGGCGAUGGGGGCGACCCACCUUGGCUGACUGGCCCCACAACUGGACCUGCUACCACCCCGAGCCUCUGCUGGACACGGCCGUGGCCACCUACACCCCACGGCCCCUAGAAUGCAACGUGCCGGCGCUGGUGACGGUGGCGGUGGCCAGCACGGCGGUGGUGGUGGUGGUGUGCGCCGUGCUCUGCUGGAAGCUGGACGCCGGUUGGUACCUACGAGCCACGUACCGCUUGGUGCGCGCCAGGUACGGCAAGCGGCCGGCGGGCACGGCGCGGCGAUGCUCCUACCACGCCUUCAUCUCCUACAGCCGCGCUGACGCCGGUUGGGUUCGCCAGGAGCUUCUGCAGCGGUUGGAGAACAUCGUGCCACCCUACCGGCUCUGUAUCCACGAGCGGGACUUCACGCCGGGUCGCUGGAUCAUCGAGAACAUCGUGGAGAACAUCGAGAGGAGCGCCAAGGUCAUCUUCAUCCUCUCCCGUAGCUUCGUCGACAGCGAGUGGUGCAACUACGAGCUCUACUUCGCCCACCAGCGCGCCGUGGGGGCUGGCAGCGAGGACGUCAUCUUGGUGGUCCUGGAGCCCAUGGAGGCGCGGGGGCUGCCCCGACGCUUCGCCCGCCUCCGCGCGCUCUUGGCCACCAGGACCUACCUGGAGUGGCCCCGCGAGCCCCAGCGGCGACCCUUCUUCUGGCUCCAGCUCCGUGGGCUCCUGGGCAGCCCCGGGGGGCUCGAGCCCGCUGCCGGUGAGGAGGUGGCCGUGGGGGGCCACCACGUAGCGGUGGCACUGGGGCCACCUGUCCCGCGGGUGGCUUUGGGGUGCUGCUGGGGGGUCCCCACGCAGGGGUAGCUCAAGGGGUGGGGGUUGGCGUGGAGGGGGGGGUCCUCUCCGUGGUCCCCCCUGUCUUCUCCAAGGGACAGGAGGUGGGACGGUGCCCAGGAGGUGGCAGUGUCA